AUGGUUGUUCUAGUAGUAGCCAUGACUUAUUUAUCUUUUGAAGAUCUAGAAAAAGAGGUGGCUGUGGCGGGCUACGAGCAUAUUCCGACUUUACUUAACGAGAACAACCAAGACUCACUAUUCAUAGGCCAUAAUAAUCUACUUCAAAAAGACCGCAUUGAAGAGGUGCGUAUCUACAGUAAACCCAUCUAUACUCACACAGAAUUAGAUAAAUUAAUCAAUCAGGGAAGUGGACCAAUUCAGUAUUUGGUCGAGGAUAAGGGCAAUUGGAGUGACACAGACACCGAACCUAUUUCUAAUCACCUUAUUGGAUUUUUCAGGUUGGGCAAGCUUUUAACAUCGCAUCUGAACGUGGUUCACGGCGGGGCCAUAGCUACAUUAAUAGACGAAUUCUUUGUUAAAGUUACACUACCAUUGACUCCUAAUUCGUUUGCAGUUACGGCUAAUCUAAAUAUCAAAUACUCCAAGCCACUAAAAUUCAACGACGAAGACCGACUAUUGGAAGUUGUUUUAGAGUGCUUCAUAGUGAAGAUGAAAGAACAUCGUAAAUUCACAGUUUAUGGCUACUUGAAGAACAUCCACGAUGGCUACAGAUAUUGCAAAGGUGAGCUUUUAGUGGUGGUGCCAAAAAAUUCUAUUGAAUGA